CCCCUGAGACGCCGCUCACCCGCGCGGGGAGACUCCCCCCUGGCCCCUGUGGGGAGAUCGGGGCUCGCUUCUCUUCAGCCCUCUCGCAGCGUGGCCCCGCGGCGGGGAGCCUGGCGCGGCUGCAGGCCGCGGGCGCCCCUCGUGCGGAAGCGGCCUGGCUGGACAGCGCACGGGCGAGGGGAUGUCGGGGUGGGAACCGGCCUUUCCCCCAGGGCGGCAGGGCCAGGGCAUCCUCCCAUGGCACAGCCCGUCAGACGGGGGGCGCGGGAGCGGCCAGGGUGUCGCCCCCCCCCCCCCCACCGGCCCUGCGCUUCGGUGGGUCAGGGACCCCGGUGGAGAGCGCUUUGGGCAGAAGGUGCCAUAGAAAUGCCAUUGGCUGCCCCAGGCGUGUGAAAAGCCAGAGUCUGGCCUCAAACACCAUGAGAUUGGUGUGAAAGAAACGAUUUUGAAAAAGAACAAUAAAUUCUGGGCCAGUUUUGUUUACCGCCUGGUUUCUGAGUCUUCAUGGGGCCACUCGGGUUGUGUUUUUUGAGCCUUGGGUGCAACCGUAAGGGUUAGAAACUUCCCUUCUGGUUUCAAAUGGAAACGGAGAUUCUGAGCUAAGGACUUGAAUCCAGAAGCUGGAGCUUUAUGAAAAAUAUGGCAAGACGUGAGAGUUGGCAAAACUGAAUAUGACCUGCCCAUGUGUAGCUCUACUUCACUUGUCUCACCUUUCCUGUUUCAGACUUCUUAAUUUUUCUCUUGCUCAUAUUAAUAAUCAGCUUCUGCAUCUAUACUGAACUCUCCAGAGCAACUUUGGGAUGAAGACUAUGUCUACACUACGGAGACUACACCUGCAUAGCUAUUGAGGCAUAGUCCUGUAGUAUAAAGACAGCCUUUGCUAUCACAAGUUUUUCUGUCUGCAUAGAACACCACCUCCCUGAUCAAAGUUAGCUAUGUCAAUAGAAGCCCUCCUCUGUCAACAUGGUGCAUCUCCAUUGGGGUUUUGUUGGCAUAGAUACCUCAGUCAGGUGUGUUUUUUCACACCUCUGACUGACAUAUGUAUGCCAGUAUAACUUUUCAGUGUAGGCCAAGCCAUAGUGUGUGUGACAGGUGCUUUAUAAAAUAAAACUGUUUUGCAGAAGGAGCCCAUGUGGGAUGUGUGUAACCUGGGGUGUUUAUUGCAUGCACUGCCCAUCUUCAUGGUUCUCAAAUUUUCUGAUGCCUAAAAUCACAUUUUUUGUAUAUUUCUGAAAAUGGUGUUCUGGGUCAAAUGUAUUUUAUGUAGGAAGAUUAAUUUUUUUUUUUUUUUUAGUAUGUACCAAGGGGGCCUAUAAUUAGAGCUUUCUCCACUCUAAGAAACUGAUAUAUUGUCUCCAGUGGGAUACCUGGAACUGGUGGGAGAAAAGAGUUUAGUCUUGUUUAUCGGUUAAACUGUUUUCAGCACCAUCUCAGGGGGGUACAUGGCUAAUAACUGUUUUCAGGGAAGGAUGAGUUUCCUAGUAAUUGGAUGAAGUUGAAGUAAGGAAAUCUUAGGCUGAUUAUCAGGGAAUGUUUUCCAACAGUAAAAUGUCAGUUUGUAUGGUAAUUUCCCCAGGACGAUAGUAAUUGCCUCACUUAGGCCAGGUCUAGAUGACAAACUUAUAUCAGUAUAACUAUGUCGCUCAGGAUGUGAAAAAUCCACACCUCUGAGUGACGCAGUUGUACUGACCUAACCCCUGGUGUAGACAGGACUAUGCUGACAGGAGAGUUUCUCCUGUCAACAUAGCUACCGCCUCUCGAGGAGGUGAAAUACCCCAACAGGAGAAACAUAAUAGCAUUCUCAAAAAUAUGCUAUAUCGGUGCAGCUACAGCGCUGCCGCUUUUUAUUUGUAGACUUGCCCUGAAAAUGACCAGAUUAGACUGGACAAAGCAAUGACCGAUAUAACAAUCCUGCAGUGACAGGAUGUUGGGGUAAAUGAGCUAAUAGUUUUUCUCCAUCUCUUUCAAUGAUUCUGUGAAGUUUAAAAAACUCUUUACUCGUUGUUACUUUUUAUGGUCACAAAGGAAGUCCAGGCACUUUAGCAUUUUGCUUUCCCUUUAUUGAAAGGAUUUGCAUGUGCAGUUGGACCCCACAGUCCUCAGUCUCUUUCUCCUUUUGUAAUCUCAGUGCAAUUUUUUAUGCUUAGCGGAAGGUGACGAUACUUUACCCUCAUCAUCAACCUCAAAUGAUGGCUUCUAAGUGAAUCAAAUGCUGAUGUGUUUAUUCUUCACACAGCAGCAGCAUCUUAAACUCAGAAUACUUUCAGAAUAUUUGUCCCUUUCUGAAGGGGAAUAUAAAAGAUUUUAAGAAUACAUAUUAUUUUCCAAAACAGUUCUCAUAGGAAUUGCCCAUUUUCCUCUCAAUUACAGUAAUUUCUUACUUAAUGCAGCUAAACAAAAAAAAAACUUAGUAGUCCAAAGUGUUCCCUCAGCUUCCACUAGCUUACUUAGCAUAUACAAUAUAUGCAAUAUACUAAAGUGAGAGCUUCUAUAACCAUAGGACUUGUUUCUGGGUUUCUUAAAGUAUUAAUGCCAUGAGGUAUCACAUCGUACAGCUGUGCCCUAAAUACUAGUACAUGUGAAGGUUAUCAGCAGGAGCGCCGCCAGCUUUUCUGCUGCCCGAGGCGGCGGAAGGUCCCGCCCCGAAAUGCCUCCCCCCACAGAGGUGGCGGAAGGUUCCGCCGCCGAAAUACUGCCGCAGUCGCCGCCCCCCAAAUUGUAGCAUCCUAGGCGACUGCCUAGGUCACCUAAUUGGUUGCGCCGGCCCUGGUUACCAGUUUUAUUAAAGACUGAUAUUUGAUUUUCCUUAAGAAUUACAUUUUUCUAAAAUAGUAGCUUUCCUACAGGGAUCUUGGACCUUUACCAAGGGGGUUGUUUCUAUUUUACACCUGUGGAAAUUGAGGGACAGAGGUUAAAUGAGGAUCAAGCAAGAAGGCAGUGACAGCUGAAAAUAAAACUUCUGUCUUCUAACAACUACAAGACUCUGAGACUAUGAAAAUAUAGCUUCUGGCUUAUUGCAAGAUCACUACCUUGAUUCAUCUUGGAGAACGGAUAACGGCCUUCCAUGGACACUGGAUAGCAACAUUAGUGAAGAGAACAGGGCCGUCAUUGAGAAAAUGUUGUUGGAAGAAGAGUAUUACUUAUCUAAUAAAUCACUUCCAGAAAAAAUAUGGCUUGAUCAAAAGGAAGGUGACAAAAAGUCUGUGAAAAGUCCACAUAAGAAAACAGGAAAAGUCAUGGUUCGCUCACCUACAAAAUCAGCAAGCGGCUCAGUAAAGUGGACAAUAGAAGAAAAAGAGCUAUUUGAACAAGGACUGGCUAAAUUUGGCCGAAGAUGGACAAAAAUUGCCAAGUUGGUUGGAAGUCGCACUGUUCUACAAGUAAAGAGUUAUGCCAGGCAGUACUUUAAGAACAAGGCAAAAACUGAUGACUCUGAAAAAGAGGAACAAAGUCAGUACAGCAGCAAUAGUCUUCCUGUUGCGGAUGAAGGAGAGAAGGUGGCGGCCUGGACACCUGCAAACCUGAGGGGCCGUGCAGACCCCAACCUGAACGCAGUGAAAAUUGAAAAGUUAUCUGAUGAUGAAGAAGUAGACAUCACGGAUGAAAUGGAUGAGCUGUUUUCUCAUGCACCCCCACUGGAACCUGGCAAAUCUAAAUUAACUGAUAUUCCGAAGAGUCCAAUUCAAGAAACCAGAGGAAGAGAACACACUUUUUGGUCUGCCGGCUACAAUUCUGCAAUUCCCCAAUUUGCAGAAGACAACUUUCAAAAGGCUGAGCAAGGCAAGGUAGAAGCCCUGGAGUUUCCAGACAUUGCAGCCACCUGCUCUGAGAAACAGAGCGUGAAUGGCGAUGAAUCUGUGAAAUCAGUUUAUCUGCAAUUUAAUGAAUUUAUAGAGAAAAGUGAGCCAGACAAAAAAGGGACUUUUGAUGACACCAAGCAAUUCGUUGAUCAAGAACAUAAUGAAGAGCAGAAGGACUUCGUUAAUAAUGAAAUGCUUUUCCAUCCGUCUUGCCAAUUGGAUGAAGAAAAUCAAGAAGAAGAAGAGGAGCUUAAACCACCUGAUCAAGAAGUGGAAAUGGAUAGAAAUGUCAUUCUGGGAGAAGAAAAGCAAGCUAUUCCAGAAUUUUUUGAGGGACGUCAGGCCAAAACACCAGAGCGCUAUCUGAAAAUUAGAAAUUACAUUUUGGAUCAGUGGGAGCGAUGUAAACCUAAAUACCUGAAUAAGACUUCAGUACGGCCAGGCCUUAAGAACUGUGGUGAUGUUAACUGUAUUGGACGGAUACACACGUACCUGGAGUUAAUAGGAGCAAUUAACUUUGGCUGUGAACAGGCUGUGUAUAACAGACCACAACCAGCUGAUAAAACACGAUCCAAAGAAGGCAAAGACACCAUAGAAGCAUACCAGCUUGCUCAGCGUUUGCAGUCUAUGCGUACAAGAAGACGGCGUGUGCGAGACCCCUGGGGAAACUGGUGUGAUGCCAAGGAUUUGGAAGGACAGACAUUUGAGCAUCUCUCGGCUGAGGAACUAGCAAGAAGGAGAGAGGAGGAGAAACUUAAACCUGCAAAACCUUCUAAAGGAUCAAGACAAAUAAAAAGUUCCUUUGAUCCCUUUCAGCUGAUACCUUGCUGUUUCUUCACUGAAGAAAAACGAGAACCAUUUCAGGUGAAAGUGGCUUCAGAAGCACUUUUAAUAAUGGACUUGCAUGCUCAUGUUUCCAUGGCAGAAGUAAUAGGCCUGUUAGGCGGAAGAUACUCUGAAGCUGAUAGAAUUGUUGAAAUUUGUGCAGCAGAACCAUGCAAUAGUCUCAGUACAGGACUACAGUGUGAGAUGGAUCCAGUGUCUCAAACUCAGGCCUCAGAAACCUUGGCUGUUAGAGGGUACAGUGUUAUUGGGUGGUACCACUCUCACCCUGCAUUUGACCCCAACCCUUCGAUACGAGAUAUUGACACUCAGGCUAAAUACCAGAGUUAUUUCUCCAGAGGCGGGGCAAUGUUCAUUGGAAUGAUCAUAAGUCCUUAUAACCGAAAUAAUCCUCUUCCAUAUUCCCAGAUUACUUGUCUGGUUAUUAGUGAUGAGAUUAGUUCUGAUGGCUCAUACCGCCUGCCUUACAAGUUUGAAGUACAUCAGAUGUUGGAAGAACCUCAGUGGGAAUUAGUGUUUGAAAAAACAAGAUGGAUAAUCGAAAAAUACAGGCUUUCUCAUAGCAGUGUCCCCAUGGAUAAAAUCUUUCACAGGGAUUCUGACCUGACCUGUUUGCAAAAACUUUUGGAGUGUAUGAGGAAGACUCUGGGCAAGGUAACGAACUGCUUCAUUGCUGAAGAAUUCUUGACUCAGAUAGAAAACUUAUUCCUUUCUAGCUACAAAAGUGAGAAGCAGAAUAAUACAGCUGAAGAAAAUAAGAAUGCGUGUCCCAAUGAAUUGCCAAUGUGAUGGCUUUUUCAGUGAUGAAAUUUCAGUUGCAUGGACUACUAUCCAUUGUUCCUCUUUCAAAGUUAUUGUCUCAGUUGACAAUAAUAGGGACAUAAUCCAGUAUCUCAGAUAGUGUAAUGGUUCUAAAAGACAUUUUGAAAACCUCUAACAAAUGUUUUCUGAUUACAUGUGAAAUUUUUAUUUUUUACAUUCUGAAAAUUUAUCCAAUAGUAUCACAAGCUUUGGGUUAUCAUUUGGCCAGCAACCUACCAUUGAGAAGGACAAGCUGAAAUACAGAACACUGUUUCUGUGCCUAAAGGAGAGGGUCCCUCCUCUAAGUCUUUGAAAAUGGAAUUUUGGCCACCUUUCUGUCCUCAGAUGCACAUUGUAUUGAGAGUUAGAUGUGUACAUCAGAGGGAAGAAUUUGUCCCAUCGUGCAUUGUGUCGUCUAAAUUUGCAUAGUUCUGCAGAUGAGAUUGAUACCACUCUAUCACUGCAAAGAUUAUAGUACAUCUGAUACUAAUUUUCCUGGUAUCUACUCUAAACUUUUACUCUGCUCAAUUUAAUCCACUCUGUUAUUCCUUUCUGAGCCACUACAGACAAUUUUUUUCUGGCAUACCCUUCCCCAUCUUCCAUAAUUCAUGGAAAUAAGGCUAGCAGGACAUAAUUAUUUGUCGCUUCUUGUUGCCACAGUUUCCAGUGGAAACAAUAAGUUCUGAUUAUUACAUGUUGUACUCUUUCCUAUCUUCCAUAUUACAGAGACACAAUGCUAUCUUGUUCUAUCAGAUCAUCAUUAUUGUCAUUUCCUGGUUAUCACAGGUUAAUGCCAUAUGGCAAAAUCUAGCGCUGUAUUGUGGCAGCCAAAAAAAUGUUUGUCACAGCUGCAUAGCAGAAAAGAAAAUGAAGUGCACAUGUGUUACAUUCACUUCCCUUCUCUUUACAAUAGCAGGUUAACAAGUAACUACACUGUUCAUAUCAGCUUCUGAUACAAUUAUACAUUCAUACAAUUAUAUAUUCAGAUAAAUUAGUGCCAGGUAAGCAGAUUGAUUUGUAAUUGAACCUCAAGAGAAAUACUGUUAUCAGAAAUCGUAACUUCCAAACAUUUUAUCAGCUGUAUCACGGUGUGUAAAUUUUUGUAGAAGAAUAUCAGUGGUGGAUUUCUUCCUGAAUCAUGGGCAAACUGUUGAUGAGUGUACACUUACUACUGUAUGUGAAGAGUAUCUUGGCCAAAAUGUCUUAGGUAUUUGAAAACAGAGAGUAACCAAGAACUUAGAUUAUCCCUGUGUUUUUGGGAUCUAGUCAUACUAUAAAAUGUACAUUUUAAUUUUAUAUCUGGCCCUGUAUAAUAAAAAUGCAAUUUAAAA